CGUUUCUUCAUCUCCCAGCAUCUUCUUCCUCGCAGACUCGCAGUGCCGGCGCUCCAUCUUCCGCUCCCUCCCUUACACGUGCUCGGCACGCAGGCGACGGCGGCUACGUUCGGGCUCGGGCUCUCAGCAACCGCGUCAGCAGCUGCCCCUCCCGCUUCUCGCCAGUCGCACCGUGCCCUCGCCUCCGGUCCUCAGCACACCAGCCGUGACCCUGCGUCAUAACAGCGGUACAAGGGUGAACAAAGAACAUCGAGAGGAAGACAAUAUGCCGAAGAAGGGGACUAAAUCUAAGAAGGAGAAGGUGGACGAUGUGCCCAAUGAACAAGAAAAUAAGCUUCCAGACUACCUGGAGCUCCAGCGCACACGUGUCGUCUGCAAUGCUGAUGCCCCCAUUCAUACUCAAGGUUUCCAAUACUCGGGUGCAUUUGCUGCUAUGGGAAUUGAUAAUAGCGUGUCAGUGGAUAAAUUUUGCAAGAAUUUCAAAAUUGAAAUAAAUCGUCUCACUGAAGAUUAUAUGGAGUUCGAUAUGAUUGGUAUUGAUGCAUCAAUAGCCAAUGCUUUCCGGAGAAUCCUCAUUUCAGAGGUUCCAACUAUGGCAAUUGAGAAAGUCUUCAUGGCUGACAACAACUCAGUUAUAGCAGAUGAGGUUCUUUCACAUAGACUAGGACUUAUUCCACUUGAUGCAGAUCCAAGACUCUUUGAAUAUAUCUCAGAAAACGAUGUCCCAAAUGAAAGGAAUACUAUUGUUUAUAAACUGCACGUUUCUUGUCCAAAGAAUUCUCAACGAAUUACAGUGAAAUCUAGUGAACUAGAGUGGUUACCAGAAGGUAGCCAAUUAAGCAUGUCAGCCCCUGCACAGUCUGGAGACAAACAGAAGACUUUCACUUCCUUCAGUCAAAGCCAAAAGGAGAUCUUAGAAAAGCCUCUUGGUGUGAAGUAUAAAGAUAUUACUAUUGCCAGGCUUGGGCCAGGACAGGCUAUCGAGCUCGAGGCACAUGCUGUUAAGGGAACUGGGAACGUUCACGCCAAGUGGUCUCCAGUUGCUACAGCCUGGUACAGAAUGCUCCCUGAGGUUGUUAUUCUUAAAGAAGUUGAAGGCCCUCAGGCAGAGGAGCUGGUGAAUAAGUGCCGGGUUAAUGUUUUUGACAUCGAAGACCUGGCUAACGGUGGAAAGAGGGCUGUUGUUGCGAGGCCAAGGGCAUGCACGCUCUGCAGAGAAUGUGUGAUGGGACCAAAUGAGAAACAAGUGGAGCUACGGCGUGUCAGAGACCAUUUCAUAUUCACCAUCGAGUCCACCGGAAGCAUGCCCCCGGAGGUGCUGUUCACAGAAGCCGUGAAGAUUUUGGAAGAGAAGUGCGCGAGGGUCAUAUCUGAGCUAUCCUGAGAGGCCGGCGGCACUGUGCAGCACUGGAGUUAGAGUAAACCAGCUCAGGCUGCAGUAUCUGCUGUUUUUGAUGGAGACUAGUGUGCGCCAUUAAACAUUUUUUUUGUGGUGUUGGAUAUUUGGGUCAGCAAAUGUAAGCUGUUUAUAUCAUGUAACGCAGUGUAAUGUUAGAUUAAACUGUGGCAGGUGAUCGAAAUGGCAGCUGUAUCAAAGGUAGACGUCGGCUGUUAGUCCGCAAGCACUGUAUUUUUGCGUUUAGGUAGGUGACUCGGCCCAGGUUACAUGGAAAAUGAAUUAUUUUUUUCUUG